UCCGCGGCUGUGGCUGAACCUGUUUAGUUUUUGUGGGCGCUGAGCCUGUUUCCGUGUUCGGAGAAGUCGGCCAUAUGGUGGACAACGUGUACCGGACCCGAUCGCUCGGGGUGGCAGCCGUGGGCUUGCCGGACCAGUAUGCGGACGGCAGAGCGGCCAAAGUCUGGCAGUUGUAUAUCGGCGAUAGAAGGAGCCGCACAGACGAAUACCGCAGCGCUGUGGUCCAACUGCUACGACAGCAUCAGUGUCAGCGGGUCCUGGACGUGGCCUGUGGCACCGGAGUGGAUUCCAUAAUGUUAUUGGAAGAAGGCUUCAACAUGAUGAGUGCAGAUGCCAGUGACAAAAUGCUGAAAUAUGCGUUAAAAGAGAGAUGGAACCGACGGAAAGAAGAGGCGUUUGAUAAAUGGGUGAUCGAAGAAGCUAAUUGGCUGACAUUACCCAAUGACAUCCAGAAGCCAGGCGAUGGAUUCGAUGCUGUCAUUUGUUUAGGAAAUUCAUUUGCGCACUUGCCAGACUUCAAAGGUGACCAGAGUGACCAGAAACUGGCCCUAAGAAAUAUUGCCAGCAUGGUGAAACCAGGUGGGAUUUUAAUCAUUGACCACAGGAACUAUGAUGCCAUCUUAGAAACUGGCGAAGCACCAAAAGGCAAAAAUAUUUAUUAUAAGAGUGACCUCACCAGGGAUAUAAAUACUUCUGUGCUGUAUGUAAAUAACAAGCCUCACAUGGUGACGUUGGAUUAUACUGUUCGGGUUCCAAACAAGGACAGCGAUGAACAACCGGAUGUGAGCACGUUCCGCCUGUCAUACUAUCCUCACCGCGUGGAUGCCUUCACAGCAUUGCUGAAGAAUGCUUUCCAGGGGAAAUGUCAGCACAACCUGUACGGUGACUUCAAACCCUACGAGACAGGCCAGGGUUACGUUCCGUGCUAUUUCAUCCACGUUGUGAAGAAGACUGGCUGAACACUGUUUCUUCAGAAAGCUCAAGACUUUGACACUGGGGCUGAUAGGGUUAGGCGUGUGUAAUUACAGAACAACAAGAGCAAUGAGAAAAAGGAAAUGCAUGGAGGGAAAGAGUAAGAUCGAAAACAGAAGCGGGAGGUAGAAAACAUUAUUGUUAGCAGAGUGUAGGUUCAUGUCUUCUAAUUAGAAACUGGUGUGGAUCAUGGAUGGGAAGGAUAACCACUAUAAUUAUAUUGUAAUUUGUAAAAGCAUGACUGAAUGUGUCGACUGUUGUCCCUGUUUCAGACCCAGACCCAGACUCAAAGCUGUCAAUAUUGACCAAAUGUUAGGAGUGACAUUCAUGUGGACCAAAUGGGCCCCUGCCUCCUGAAAGUGGCAUGCAGCACGUCAGUGGUUGCCGUAAGCCUCUAAAGCCCCUGGCACUGUGUCCAGGGCCAUUAAUCUGAGAUCAGAAAGCCAACGCAGACACGCACACAUCCAUUGAGCCCAGUGCAAUCAGCCGGUUUAACCAAGGGGCUCCUAUGUUUUAAAUGAUUAAAGCAGCACCUAAUGAGAGCACCACAGCAAUCCUGUCACUCUCCUUUUGUUGUUGAGGGAAAAGAUUCAAGACACAGGCUAUUCACGACCUGAAAACCUCACCUUUGUGCCUCAGGCCACCUCAGAAAAGCAAACGCACUAUUCCUAAAUGAGGCGAGCUCUUCUGAAGGUGCUGUUGAGAGAAGAAGAAAUAUACACAGCCAUAAACUUUACCAACUCGUAUUGUAGAAAAGAUAACACAUGAGUUAAAAACCCAGUGCCCUAUCUUCGUUCGUCCAUCCAGAAAACAAUCUCAUGCAUCACCCAUUCACUUGCUUCUUAGACAGUUCCUGGGAAUUUUGUCCCAAGUAUCUCAUCUGAUAAUUCAAUCCUAAAUGUUACUGGCUGUUUAUGUCACAAAUUUCAUAACUUCAGUGUUAGUUUAUCACUUAUUCCCCAAUCACUACCUCAAAUGUUUCUAAAGUUAUUCCUUUUCCAGCAAAGAAGCCGAGGUUUCUGUUGGAUUUCAAUAGACAACAGACAAUAGGUGCUGGAGUAGGCCAUUCGGCCCUUCGCGCCAGCACCACCAUUCAUUAUGAUCAUGACUGAUCAUCCACAAUCAGUAUCCUGUUCCUGCCUUAUCCCCAUAACCCUUCAUUCCACUAUCUUUAAGAGCUCUGUCCAUCUCUUUCUUGAAAGCAUCCAGGGAGUUGGCCUCCACUGCCUUCUGGGGCAGAGCAUUCCAUAUAUCCACCACUCUCUGGGUGAAGAAGUUUUUCCUCAACUCUGUUCUAAAUGGCCUCCCCCUUAUUUUUAAACUGUGUCUUCUGGUCCUGGACUCACCCAUCAGCGGAAACAUGCUUCCUGCCUCCACAGUGUCCAAUCCCUUAAUAAUCUUAUACGUCUCAGUUAGAUCCCCUCUCAUCCUUCUAAACUCAGGAGUAUACAAGCCCAGUCGCUCCAAUCUUUCAACAUAUGAUAGCCCCGCCAUUCCGGGAAUUGUCCUUGUGAACCUACGCUGCACUCCCUCAAUAGCAAGAAUGUCCUUCCUCAAAUUGGGAGACCAAAACUGCACACAAUACUCCAGGUGCGGUCUCACCAGGGUCCUGUACGGCUGCAGAAGAACCUCUUUGCUCCUAUACUCAAUUUCAUGGAAUCCCUAUGCAGAAAGAACCCAUUUGGCCCAAUGAGGCUGUACCAAUCCUCUGAAGGAUACUCACCUAGACCCCAGCUCCACAUUCUCCCUGGCUAAUCCACCCAGCUGGUACAUCCCUGGACAUUAUGGGGCAAGCCACCAUGGCCAAUGCACUUAACCUCCCUAUCGUUGGACUGUGGGAGGAAGCCGGAGCACCUGGAGGAAACCCACGUGGACACAGGGAGAAUGUGCAGACUCCACACAGACAGUCACCUGAUGGUGGGAUCAAACCUGGGUCUCUGGCACUGUGAGGCAGCAGCUCUAAUCAUGAGCCACCGCGCUGCCUGGAUUUACUUAUAACUCAGCCUGUUUUCCCUAGGGAUCAAACUUGAGAGUAUCAUUGGAUUAAAAUCCUCCCCCAUUUAGCUUUGCAUUUAAGACAGGCCUUAAGGUUUGGCAUGGUCACCACAGAGAGACACAGUGCAGCAUGACAGCUUCCAGUUGGUUGUAUGGGUUUGGCUGACCUGUUGACAGUAACUUUUCUGCAUCUUUCCUAUCAUAGGGGAAGGUUUGAAAAUGUAAGAUUGCGAAGGCUUGCAGAGUCAAAUGACAAUAUGCACUUUUUAAGCCAUUGACAAUGAUUAUUAUUAAUAUUAUUACUGUUUGUUGUUAUCAAAAUAUACAAUGACACCUCUCAGGCAUAUACUGUAACCUGAAUCAUUGUUCACAAGUUGAGUAUAUUUGCUGCAUAUAUGGGAGUUCUUGUUUCUGAGUACAGUUCAUACAAGCUGUG